AUGUCCGCCCCUCCUCUACCCCUCGAUGGAAUCCGCGUCGUCGAGCUAGCUGGCCUGGCUCCUGGCCCGUUUGCCGGAUUGUUGCUGGCCGACUACGGCGCCUCCGUCGUCCGGAUCGACCGACCCAAGGCCGUCAGCGCGGACCAGCUAACCCGCAACAAGACGUCCGUCACCCUGGACCUUCGAGACAAGGCAUCACACCGCAUUCUCUUCGCCCUCCUCAAGAAAGCAGACGUGCUGAUCGACCCCUACCGGCCCGGAGUCCUCGAACGGCUGGGCCUGUCCCCAUCGGAGGUCCUCCUCAAACACAACCCGCGGCUGAUCGUAGCGCGCAUGACGGGAUUCCGCCGCGACGGGAAGUAUAAGGACAUGGCGGGCCACGACAUCAACUAUAUCGCGGUUUCCGGAGUGCUGUCCAUGCUAGGACGGGCGGGAGAGCGCCCCUACGCCCCGGGGAACAUCCUCGGAGACUUCGCGGGCGGCGGAGCCAUGUGCUUCCAAGGUAUCCUGCUCGCUCUACUAUCGCGGGCGCGUACAGGGCGGGGCCAGGUGGUAGAAGCCAACAUGGUGGACGGGUCGGCGUACCUGGCAGCGAUGCCGCGGCUCAACCUGCAGACGCCGUUCUGGGGGGAACCACGGGGCCAAAACAUGCUGGACGGGGGCAGUCCGUUCUACGAUACCUACGAGACCAAGGACGCGGGACAGUACUUUGCCAUCGGGGCGCUGGAGCCGCAGUUCUACGCGGCCCUGAUCAAGGGGCUAGGCUUCCAGGCUGCUGAGCUGCCGGCGCGCGAAGACCGGGACAACUGGCCGGCACUGCGGGCGGCGUUUGCGCGACGAUUCCGGGAGAAGACGCGGGCGGAGUGGGAGGCGAUCUUCGACGGGACGGACGCGUGCGCGACGCCCGUGUUGACGCAGGACGAGCUGGAACAGGGGGGGUACGAGCAGCGGGCGGCGGUGACCCUGGUGGACACCCCGGCGCGGCCGAUCCCCGCGGACGACGGCGGCUGGCGCGGGGGUGGCCUGAGCCCUGGAACUGGGGGGGCCGAGACGCUGCAGUCUUGGUUGGGGUGGGCACCGGGUCGCGAGUACGAGAUUGCAUUGGUUUAUAGGGCUGACCAGCCACUCUUCACUCCCGGCUGUAAGAUUCUGUAA